CCCCCCCCCCCCCACUGUGCCUCUCUCCUUGCAUACACACCCGUCAAAGUCGUGUCGUGUAACCCGAGCUCGACUGCUCAUUCACCUUUUCCCUGAUGGCGGCCGCCGAACAUGCGAUAGCAAUCAAUGAUGAUAUGUCAAUGGAAUUGCCUACACUUCCGCCCAACCAGGGCCUUGAGGCCUUCAAAGAUAUCGUGUUUGGGUCGGCUGCAGGAAUGGCAGGCAAAGUGAUCGAGUACCCUUUUGAUACAGUCAAAGUGCGGCUCCAAUCUCAACCGGAUCAUCUUCCUCUCAGAUACAAAGGCCCCUUAGAUUGUUUCCGUCAAUCCUUCCAAGCAGAUGGCCUACGCGGGCUCUACCGGGGCAUUAGCGCUCCCAUGGCAGGUGCUGCCAUUGAGAACAGCUGCUUGUUCUUCAGCUACCGUCUGAUCCAGGAUAUAUUGAAGGCCACUGUCUACUCCCCUGCCGAUGACCUCCCUUUCUCGGCACUAGUGUUCAGCGGCGCUGCGUCAGGAUCUAUUACCUCCCUUGCGCUUACCCCGGUUGAGCUCAUCAAGUGCAAGAUGCAAGUUCCCGUUACGGCGUCUGGCGGAACCCCCCCUGGACCAUUGACUCUGAUAGCCACUGUCUUCCGUCAAGACGGCCUUCUUGGCUUUUGGCGCGGACAGUUGGGAACACUUAUUCGCGAGACUGGUGGCGGCGCUGCAUGGUUCGGUAGCUAUGAGGGGGUAUCUGCACUGUUCCGCGCAUACCGUGCCCCAUCUGCAGAGCUCAAGGAAGAUGGAACAUCCUCUGAUUCCAUUCCUAUCUACCAGAAGAUGAUUGCAGGUGCCGCAGCAGGCGUCAGCUACAAUUUUCUCUUCUAUCCUGCCGAUACGAUCAAAUCGCGCAUGCAAACAGAGGAUGUUACGCGAGGAGCAUACAACGGCAAACGACAGACAUUCUGGGGAGUUGCAAAAGCCUUGUGGAGACAGCAAGGACUAAGGGCUUUGUAUCGAGGCUGUGGCAUCACCUGCGCUCGAUCUGCCCCCAGCUCCGCCUUCAUCUUCACCGUCUAUGAGGGACUACGGAAUCAUUUUGCCUGAUUUCGGCUUCCUUCUACCCCACAUUCUCUUUUCUCUUCCAGCUCUUGCCCUAUAUCUUUUUACUCUCUCGCAUCCCGAUUCUUCCUUUCAUUCCCCCCGACGUUCGUCUGAUGCUUCUUGUUUAUACACUUUCCGGUUGAGGCGCUUUCGUAUGAUACCUACAGUCAUGUUCCGAGUUAGAUUCCAACAUCUUCUUUUGAGACCAUCAAUCUGGUAUUGGUGCGAAGAAGAAAAUGGAGUGUUGAUCUAUUUACAAUUUUCUUUUUAUUUGCUGUCCAUUAUUAUUUUAUGCUUAUGAAUCUUAUAUAUCUUCAUCUUGUUUGAUUUUUUUUUCUACUUUAUUGUUGAUAUAGACGUGUGUGCGGGGAGAACCCGAAAAGGCAAUUGGCGAUUACUUUAGGGAUGACAUCAUGGAUAAUAUCGGGUGGGAGUCGAUACAACCUUGAAACACAGGCAGCCGAGGUUACAGAAAAGCAC